AACGAACUGGAGGCAUAGCACAGAGUUUCGAAAAUGCGUAUUCACUUUCUAGCACGUUUUGUUGGGAAGAGUUAUAUCCACGGCCAAGAAACACAGUGAGCAAUACAGCGGAAUAAAGUGACGAGGAUUUUCAGGAGUAUUUUCAGAAUGUGCUCUCAUUGAUCCAUGAACGAAACGGAAAUGACGAGAUCAAAACAAUGGAUGAUAGUAGCUUUGUCAAUAAUUUCCCUUGCAGUGACAAGUCCUUGUGGAAUUUAGAAUCGCCAUCAGCAGCGUUCGAAGAACACAUGGUUGCCACAAUUAGCGGCAGCUUGUUGAAUUCGAAAGCCGCUCGAUGCGACUGAAGCACUGAACGACGUAUUUUAUGGUGGACAUAGUUGUUCGGUGACGAGUGGUUCUACAUGGGUGAAACCGGCCACUUCGAUGGAUGUUCGAAAGGAUACAAAAACUGCGAGUUAACGCGUUCGAGAAACCUCAUCGAGGUGACCAAAUUCGACGCGAUACUCUUUCAUGGCAACGAACUGCGCCUUGACGACCUUCCCGAAUACAGGGAGCCCCACCAACGGUACGUGUACGUGAACCUCGAGAGUCCGGCCACGCGGACAUUCCAACUUGAUACCUUCUUCGAAGACUUCUUCAACACGACCAUAACCUACAGACUCGACAGCGACAUUCCUUGGCCGUACAAAGUGAUGCGGAACAUCGAUACCGGCCAGGUGGUCGCCCCUCUUGAACAUCCUGAAUGGUCCCAACCUUCGGACGACCCGAUGAGGCUCAGGCUCGACGUGACGUUUGAGGGGAAGAUCAAACCCAUCGCGUGGCUCGUCAGCAACUGCAAGACUCCGGGCAAGCGCGAACUCUACGUCAACGAGCUCCGGAAGUACGUGCAGGUAGACGUAAUCGGGUACUGUGCGGGAUUCUUCGACGGUAGUCCGAAGUGCCCCAUGUCGACAGACUGCUUCGCCGAUUUCAUUGAAAAGGACUACUUCUUCUAUCUAUCGUUCGAGAAUUCCUUGUGCACGGAUUACGUCACCGAAAAAUUAUUCAACGCUCUCAGUUACCACAUCAUCCCGGUGGUUUACGGCGGUGCAAAUUACAGCAGAUUCGCGCCGCCGCAUUCGUACAUAGACGCCCUGGACUUCGAGAGUCCAAAACAGCUUGCCGAAUUUUUGACCAGCUUAUCGAAGAACCGUGAAGAGUACCUGUCCUACUUUUGGUGGAAGAAGUUUUACGAAGUUGCUUAUGCGAACCAUUGGACUCUCUGUAACAUCUGUCGAUUACUCAACGAGCCUGAAGGGAAAUCAAAACCUAAUUCGCGUAUCAGCAGCUGGUAUGCGGAGGAUCAAUGUCCGAUUCAGGACAGGUUUAGCAAUGGGAAGUUUGCCACGAAAGCGUCGAGAGCUCGUAUAUGAAUGAAAAAGAAAAGCGGAGAUCAUGCAGAUGCUGAAGGAAGAUACGGAAAAGGCAAAGUCCAGCUUGACACUUGAGCAGCUGGUCGGCGAUAUCGCGAUUCGUUCGGAAAUGGGUCUCAAUUAUCGAUCAUCAGAACAGUGAUCAUCGUAAUGUCCGUCGACCGUUUGUCAUACGUUCGAAAUUUUCCUCUCGGACUUAUUGUUGUUUGAGCAAGAAUUCGAUCACUUGAGAUCCUGAACGCCCAGACUGCACUUGAGUGUUACCUAAUUACGUUGAAAGGAGUGCUUCAAUUUUCGUUCGAGUUAUGUCCCUCAGCUUCAAAGUGAUCUAAUGGUGAGAGCUCGUUCUCCGCUCCAAGAGCUGCCAGAACCACCCGACUCUACGAGACGCGAAGCUUCCGUUUUGCACUAGGCAAACGUUACUUAUGAACGCUUCAAUUCUUGGUAGCGAUUAUUUAUAGACUGUAAAUUGAUAGAACUUUGGCAACUGCAUUUUUUUAUUCGUUGCAAGUGCGCCAAGCUGCAAGGAAUUGGACUUUAUUAAAAAUACGUUGCCACAAGUUUUUGAUAACCGAUAACACAGAUGAGAGUUUAGUGGGAUCAAUAGUUCUGGAACUGAAUAAUGAUUUUGAGUUCCCUACAUAAAAAUUAGUAUAAUUCUGUGCAUAAUACAUAUUCAUGAAUUCAUCGAUCAAAGACGGAAUUAAAAAUAGAAAAACGAAUAGUGCUAAUAAGGAUAAAAAACUUACAUCGUUAUCUUGGAAAAAUAAAGUUUUCAGUAUUAUUACGAAGAGCAAAAUAACCAACUGUACUCCAAGAAAAUUGUCCAGAUUUCCGAAUGAUGUUAAUAAAAUGUGACAAAUAAUAAUAUCCACGAACGAAUGAGUGAAUGAAUUAGAAUAGUACACAAUUAUUUCA